AUGCCAUUAGUAAUUCCUGAAAAACGAAACAGCAACAGUUUACCAGAUGAUAUCUUUAGUUAUAAUCAAGAUAAAUUUUAUGAAUUUGUUGAACAUUGGUAUGGUAAUGAUCUUGCACAAUUAUUUAGUUUUCAAGCAAUUCGAAAUGGGUCACACCUUUUAAACACCACAACUGAUGAUAUAUUAUCUGUUUUACAACAUGAGUCCGAGGAUAUCAACAAAUUGAAAAACUUAUGUUGCUUUGAACUUGCCAAUAAGCGGUUCGAAGUUAGAUUAGGUGUUAAACUUGCUAUCAAUAAUCUGAUCCAGUUAUUGAGUAUUAAACAAGAACAAGAAAAAAAAAAGAAACGAUCGUCUGGUCAACAUUCAUCAUCCAGUAUUGAUACAUCAACAUCUAUUGAUCAAACACAAUCACAAAAUGAAACAAAAUUAUUAUCAGCUACAUCAUUAACCUCGUCGAGUACCGAUACAAAUCCAACACGAUCAAGAUUACCAUUAGUUCAGAACAAAAUGAAUGAAAUGGAUCAUAUACUUGAUAUUAAAAAUCGAAUCAGUAAAUGGUGGGAUGGAGUUGAUAAUAAUAAUAAUUCAUUGUUAGAUGAAGGUACACAGUACUUUUUAGAGAUCAACAAAUCAAUUAAUAAUUCAUAUACUUGUGUUUUAUCAUGCCAAUGCGGUAUUCGAUUUAAAUUACCAUGUACAGAAGGUCUUUUCAAAUUAUCAGCGUUUUAUCGCCAUUUAAAAGAAAAAAAAUGUACAAAUGUAACAGAAAAUGACUCGACUAAUAAAGAAAAUCAAUUAAGUUGUACUUCGAAAUCAUCAAGUGUAAAGUCGAAGAAGAAGAAAACAUCAACAUCUACAACUUCCAAACGACCUCGAUCACCAUCAACACAAGUAUCUGCGAGCAGUGGCAAGAUGAACGUAAAAAAGCAUCGAUCGUCUUCCUCGAAAAAUAGUAAUGUGUUUUUGGACUAGAGAAUUAGUUUUAACAUUAUUUUACAACGAAAUUGAUGUUUGUUUGUUAUCUUAAGGUAUGAAAAUAUCGUUAAAAACAUUGUAUAUUAUAUUUGUUCUAUAGUCUACGACAAAAGUUUAAGCCAGAUUAGUUUUUUAAUAUUUU